UGUCGCUUGUACCUCAAAGAUCAAGAACAACGGGAGGACUUGUUACGAAAGCUGAGAGGAAAAUAAGUUCUUGUCAGCUGGGCACCAAUACCAGGCGUGAGUGUACGUCUUCCCGGGUUAAGAAUGGCACCUAGUGUGGAAGCUGUUGGAGGUGUACUAGGAGACUCCAAGAAGCCUUUAAAAGAGCGAUUCAGGGCUCUGUUCACCCUGAAGGGUCUUGGGGGAGAGUCUGCCAUAGCUGCCAUUUCCCAGUGCUUUGAUGAUCCCUCGGUACUCCUCAAGCAUGAGCUGGCCUAUUGUCUUGGCCAGAUGAAGGAUGUGAGGGCCAUUCCAAAGCUCAUUGAAGUUCUGAGUGAUGUAAAUCAGGACCCCAUGGUGAGGCAUGAGGCUGGAGAGGCGCUAGGAGCCAUCGGGGAUCCCAGUGUAGAGAGUGUUCUUCAAAAGUUCAGUCAAGAUCCAUGCAUAGACGUAGCCGAGACCUGCCAGCUGGCCCUGGGUAGGAUACAGUGGCUGAAGACCCAGGGCAGUCAGGCUUCAUCUGGGACAGAGUUUCUCUCUAUUGAUCCUGCACCUCCAGACCAAGAGAGCAAUGUGGAUAAGCUGAGGGAGCGACUGGUGGAUGAGACACUCCCUUUGUUUGACAGGUACCGUGCCAUGUUCUCCCUGCGAAACAUCAACACAGAUGCGAGUGCCCGAGCUCUUGCUGCUGGUCUGACCUGCCCUGGCAGUGCCCUGUUCCGCCAUGAAAUUGGGUAUGUGUUGGGACAAAUGAGCAACGCUGCAGUGGUGGAGGAGUUGGCAGCCGUGGUGCGUAACAAGGACGAGAGUGGAAUGGUGCGACAUGAGGCAGCAGAGGCCCUGGGAUCCAUUGCAACACCUGAGGCUGAGAAGGUGUUGCGGGAACACCUUGAGGACAGUGUCAGAGUGGUCAGAGAGAGCUGUGUGGUUGCCCUUGAUAUGUCUGAAUAUGAAAAUUCACCAAGCCAGUUCCAGUUUGUUGAUGGGAUGAACCAGGGGAAAAAGACCGGUUCAGAAGAGCAACCCAUACCUGAGAGCUAAUUUGUCACAUGGUUGUGUCCACCAAGUGUGUUGCUUAGGAGUGGGAUUGUUGAUGUUCUAAUACUUCUAUUGUGCUUUCAGCUAUAUCACAUCUUUUAUUUUUUUAUCUUUAUUUGGAGUAUAAUCUCUGUUUUUAUGCUAUCUCUUCCCUCCCUCUCUGAUUCAAUUUAUUCUUAAAGCAUUUUAUAUCAGAUAUUUGCAUGCUUGUCUGUGGCAACAUUGUCACAGUCAUCAUUUACUAAGUCGCUUUUUUUUUUCUUUUUCUUGCAAAGUCUAGGAUAA